UUUUAGGGUUUCUAUGUAUAAAACGUAGCAAAGAAUGGAGAACAUGACCACUACUGCUCAGCAUGGCAAAAAAGGAGCACAAAGUGAGGUUGUUGGGAACAUGGAGAAGCCGAUUUGUUCACAGGGUUCGUCUAGCCCUCAAACUCAAGGGAAUUGAGUACGAAUACAUUGAAGAAGACCUCAAAAAUAAGAGCCCCCUUCUUUUAGAGUCCAACCCCGUGUACAAGAAGGUCCCUGUACUCAUUCAUGGCAAUAAUGUGGUUUCUGAAUCAAUGGUGAUCUUAGAAUACAUAGAUGAAACAUGGUCUGAAAAUCCUCUCAUGCCACAAGACCCCUACGACAGAGCUAUUACUCGAUUCUGGUCGAAAUUCAUUGAUGACAAGUGCCUGGCACCAAUCAGGACGGUUCUCUUAACAGACGGUGAGGAACAAGAAAAGGCCAUGAAAGAGGCUAAAGAAGCUCUUAAAACCCUGGAAAGGGGCCUUAAGGGAAAGUUCUUUGGUGGGGAAGUAAUCGGUUUUGUUGACAUUGCGGCCAGUUGUCUAAGCAUCUGGUCCGAAGUGCUUGGGGAAGUAAUUGGCACAAAAUUCAUAGAUUCUGAGAAAUUGCCACACUUACAUUCUUGGAUUGAAGAGUUCACGAGCAUUGAUCUGGUCAAGGAGAGCUUUCCUCCUUACGACAAGCUUUUCGCCUCCUACAAAGCUCUCCGUGAAGACCAUCUCGCAGCAAAGUUUUCUCAGAAUUAAGAUAUCAGUCUCUGAGUUUCAGGUUUUCACUUGCAUCUUAAAAAUUAUAAAAAGAAAAGGUAGAAAGAGUUGGUUUGUGGAAGAUUUCUUUGAUCACAAUUUGCGUGUAUAGUUGAGUAACUAUGGAAAUUGUUGUCGUUUAUAGAAUUAUGCUAAGAUGCUUUGAUCCUUCACUUAUCUACAAUGAAUCC